ACUUUUGAAACUAGUUAUUGGACAAAUUAUAUGUCACUGUAAUCGUCUGACUGCCGCCUAUGGGACUGGUCUGGGAAAUAUGGUAGAUUAAUAAUAUUCAAGUUGACUUCUAGAUUGUAUUUCAGCGUUGGAUUCGACCACCUACAAGGGAAGUGUUGUAUAUAUGUCUGAUGAUGGUGCUGGCUAUCACCCUGGUGUUUCAACGAUGGGAGGCCAGCCAGCGGACCUCAGGAAAGGCCAGGAGGAUAGCAAACACUCCAGCAGAGGUCAUGGCUCCUGGUGGUGAGAUAGUGACGAAGGUGAAGACCGUAUCUGCUUGCCGUGAUGGGCUGUGGUGUUUCCGUCAGCGCCUGCGGGAGUCGCUACACUGGCGAGAUGCUCGACUUCUGAAGCACCUUCGGGAGAUGAGUGAACCAGCGCCACAGGUAAAGGACCUUAUUCUUGACCCCCGGCACCCACCUUGGCAACACCGACCUUCCUUCAACACUACCGAGACCUUCAUCAGAACUCUUACUCAAGGUCAGGAAGGUGGAGUGUUCGUGGAGGUGGGUGCGCAAGAUGGCUUGUGGUUGAGUAACACCUGGUGGCUGGAGACUGAGCGAGGCUGGCGAGGUUUGCUGCUUGAGUCUGACCCUUCAAACUACCGUCUACUGAGAGGCUCAGCCCGAGCCUCACCCACGCUCCCAAUCUGUGUGACUGCAGAACUCCGAGUCUCCCAGAAACUGAUGGUACGAACUCGGUCUCCCAAAAACUUCACAAGAGCUUUGCUGAGAGCUCAACAAGGACGCUCUAAGCUUGCUAAAUUCGCUACUCCCUCGGAACUGUUGACAGGAGACACCUGGAUUGCCACCUGUUAUCCCAUCUUCUCUGUCCUUGCUGCUGCUGGAUACUCCAAGAUUGACCUUCUAACCUUUGACCUAUCUGGUGGAGGGAUGGAGAUGACCACAGACUUCCUCACUAUAAACCAUGCGCUGGGUACCCCCUUCCAUGUCAAGCUGCUGCUGUACCAAGACAGCCAGCUGGAGGAGUUCUUUGACCUGCAGCAAGUGAAAGACACCUUCAGGAGGCUGGGCUACCUUACGCUGAAGAUCAAGGCAGCUCACUACCUCCUCUAUCACCACACCAUCAGUGUUGUGGCUGUCUGAUUCCUGCUCAUUCUCUCUCGCUUCACGAUAUAAAUAUUAUAUUUUUGCUUUUCCUCUGAAAUUCAGCAACAUGUAGCUGUAUGAGACGGACAGACAGACAGAAGGACAGACAGACGGACAGACAGCUACAAGGUGGGAGACGAAAGAGUGGGUAGAUAACCUGAAAAAUAACCUAAAAAAAAUUAACGCUGCUGGAUUGGAAGUCACCAUCUCAUUUUCAGAGUUUGUUGUCGUUAACAGUUAAUGAUUAUUUAUUCAUGUAUAAUACCUGUAUGUAUAGUCUAUAGUUUAAUACCUGUAUGUAUAGUCUAUACUCUGUCAAUAUACGAGUAAGUACAUAGGUCGAACUGUUGAACAGGGGUAAAUCACCUCAAACAGGACAAAUUCUAUUGUGGGUGAACCUUCCUAUACUGAACCCUCCUUUUCUAAACUCUCCUUUUCCAAACUCUCCACUUCUAAACCCUUCUUUUAUAAACCUUCCUUUUCUAAACUCUCCUCUUUACCCACGAGCAUCGUGAGAGGGAGACUGCCAGUAGCAGCUCGCCUCAACCAACAAUUUCGGCCUUUAUGAGAGAUCCUCUGACCUGCUUUUAACAUGCUCAUUGUAUAUGCUUAAUGCUCUUCGAUUUCUCUGUUUCUAAUGUUUUCAGCGCUUUUAAACUUUUAAUUUCC